CCUAUGCAAACCGAAUAAGAUAAGAUCAUCACAAGAACAACCACAAACGACAGAGCCAUUCUAAAAGGCUCAAAUUGAAUGCAAAAUAUCCUCAUCUCAAAACAACACAACACAUAACAAAAAAAGCUUAGAAAUAUCAGUGAUGUCACUCCUCCAACUCCAACUCACUUCCCAUGCAUUGUGUUCUAUCUCUCCAUCAUUCCAUAAUUUCAGACCCAACAAACCCUCUAAGCGUCUCAGCUUUGUGAGAACUAAAAUUAGAGCAGUUGGCACAGUCCCCGAGAGGGACUCAGGCUCUGAGACCACUGACCCUGAUGAGCCACCAUAUGUUGGGUUUGUAUUUGUUAGUUCUGUGUUGCUACCAGAUGGAACACCAGAUACGCACUUUCGUUCUGCCCCUGGUGGCCAGAAGCUUAGGGACAUAAUGCUGGAUUCCAAUAUUGAGCUCUAUGGACCCUAUGCCAGGCCUUUGUUAAAUUGUGCAGGGGGUGGAACUUGUGGCACAUGUAUGGUGGAGGUUCUUGAAGGCAAUGAGAUUCUAAGCCCUCGCACAGAUAAAGAGAAAAAAAUACUAAAGAAGAAACCAAAGAAUUGGAGAUUAGCAUGUCAAACAACUGUUGGUAAAGCAGAUUCUAGAGGGGCGGUUUUGAUUCAACAAUUACCAGAGUGGAAAGGGCAUGAAUGGAAAUAUGCAAAGCCUGGAGAGUCGGACUGGGAGUCAGAAUCUCCAUAAAAGGAAUAAUAUAAAACGAAUUCUUCGUAUGCCAUUUUUGUUUUGCUUUUCAUUGCAAUUAGGACUUAGGAUAUAAUAUUCUGUUGUUUAGACCCAAGAGGAACUUCAACCAAGAAAAUAUAGUAAAUCUCGUUCGCAUUUUUACAUUCCUUAA